AUGACAUGCAGAAUUUGUAAGACAGUCAAAUACUUCAUUUGUGAUAACAGAGAGAAGGAGACUGCACAUCAACAAUUUCCUGGUAAAUUUCAUAAACAUCUUCCCGCGGAUCAAGCUGCCAUUACGGUAACGAUGACGCACCGCUGCUGUUGGCUGGAGGUUUGGGAGCGACGCAAGACCGGUGAGACCGAGGAAGAGAGAGUUCUUCGGAUGAAUUGUGAAUCUACUGGACACGACGACGAUCACAGGAGACUGGGGCUGGCUGACGUAUCCUUCACAUGGGUGGGACGCCAUUAAUGAGAUGGACGAGUACUUCAGUCCCAUCCACACGUACCAGGUCUGUAACGUGAUGAGUCCGAGCCAGAACAACUGGCUGAGGACGGGCUGGAUCCCUCGAGAGGGAGCCAGGAGGAUCUACAUUGAGGUUAAAUUCACCCUGAGAGACUGCAACAGCAUGCCUGGAGUACUGGGCACCUGCAAGGAAACCUUCAACCUGUACUACUACGAGUCUGACAGGGCGGUGGGCUCGUCCAUACGGGAGAACCAGUUCAUCAAGAUUGACACCAUCGCUGCCGACGAGAGCUUCACCGGCGUAGACCUGGGAGUCCGCAGGCUUAAACUCAACACGGAGGUGCGAGGUGUGGGUCCUCUGAGCCGGCGAGGCUUCUACCUGGCCUUCCAGGACAUCGGCGCCUGCAUCGCUCUCACCUCCGUGCGGGUCUACUACAAGCGCUGCGUCGGCGUGAGCCGCAACCUGGCCGUGUUCACCGACGUGGUGACGGGGGCCGACUCGUCGUCCCUGGUGGAGGUCAGGGGCCAGUGCGUGGAUCACGCCGAGGAGAGGGACACGCCCAAGAUGUACUGCAGCGCCGAGGGCGAGUGGCUGGUGCCCAUCGGGAGGUGCGUGUGCUCGGCCGGAUUCGAAGAGCACAGAGACUCCUGUGUAGCAUGUGAGGUGGGCUUCUAUAAGCCGGUGGCGGGCGAUGGCCUGUGCGGUAAAUGUCCUCAACACAGCCACUCGGAGACCAGAGCGGCGCUCUCCUGCCCUUGCGACUCCAACUACUAUCGGGCGGCAGAUGACCCGCCGGCAGCCUCGUGCUCCCGUCCUCCGUCUGCUCCAGUAAACGUCAUCUCCUCAGUGAACGGGACCUCUGUGAAUUUAGAGUGGGAUCGCCCUCUGGACACCGGGGGCCGGAGCGACCUGCUGUACAGCGUGCUGUGUCAGAAAUGCUCCGGGGACGGACCCUGCGAGGACUGCGCGUCCUCUCCGGGAGGCGCCGGAAUCGGGAAGGCGGGCGGAGGAGGGGCGAGCAUCGGCGCCGGCGGGGGAGGGAUCGUGGAGCGCUCCGGCACGGGCGUGGUUCGGUUCUCGCCCCGGCAGACGGGCUUGAAGGAGUCCUGGGUGACGGUGCUCAACCUGGUGGCCCACACCAACUACUCCUUCCGCAUCCUCGCCAUGAACGCUGUGACGCACCUGAGCAAUGAGCCGUCGCCUUACGCCGUGGUGAACAUCACAACGAACCAGGCAGCCCCCUCGGAGGUGUUAGCGAUCCGCCAGGAGAACACCAGUCAGAACAGUGUCACUCUGAUGUGGCAUGAACCCGACCGGCCCAACGGAGUGAUCCUGGAGUACGACAUCAAAUACUACGAGAAGGAUAAUGAAGAGCACAGUUACUCUACUCUGAAGUCUAAAAACACCAGUGCCCGAGUAUCAGGACUGAAGCCGGGCACCAAGUACAUCUUCCAGGUCCGAGCCAGAACGUCAGCAGGCUGCGGACGCUUCAGCCAGAACAUAGAGAUUCAGACUGGGAAAGCAGCGCCUCUACGCUACAACACCAUGACCAUCAUCUGGAUCUGCAUGGCCCUGGUGUCCGGCCUGGUCGCUUUCUUGGCCAUCAUCAUCUGCAGGAAACGGCAAGGCUACACUUUACCACACUACCCAUCGCUGCUACACUGCGGCUACAGCAAAGCCUUCCAGGACUCUGACGAGGAGAAGAUGCAUUACCAGAAUGGUCACGUGUCAUUCCCCGAUGCGAGGUUCUAUAUCGACCCACACACGUACGAGGACCCCUGCCAGGCGGUCCACGAGUUCGCCAGAGAAAUUGAAGCUUCCAGGAUCAAAAUAGAGAAAAUCAUUGGUUCAGGGGAGUUUGGGGAGGUGUGCUACGGACGCAUGAGGCUCCCGGGCAAACGAGACAUCCCGGUGGCGCUGAAGACCCUGAAGGCGGGAUACACGGAGAAACAGAAGAGGGACUUCCUGGCUGAGGCGUCCAUAAUGGCUCAGUUCGACCACCCCAACGUCAUCCGCCUGGAGGGAGUCGUAACCCACAGUAAACCAGUGAUGAUCAUUACCGAGUACAUGGAGAACGGCUCUCUGGACUCCUUCCUCAGGAGACACGACGGCCAGUUUACCAUCAUCCAGCUGGUCGGGCUGCUGCGCGGCAUCGCGGCAGGUAUGACCUACCUGUCUGACCUGGGCUACAUCCACCGAGACCUGGCCGCCCGCAACAUCCUGGUCAACAGCAACCUGGUGUGUAAGGUGUCUGACUUCGGGCUGUCCAGAGUGCUGGAGGACGACCCCGACGCUGCAUACACCACCAGUGGCGGAAAAAUCCCAAUUCGCUGGACAGCCCCGGAGGCCAUCGCCUACAGGAAGUUCUCCUCCUCCAGUGAUGUGUGGAGCUACGGUGUGGUCAUGUGGGAGGUGAUGUCCUACGGAGAGCGGCCAUACUGGAACCUCACCAACAGAGACGUGAUAAAAUCAGUGGAAGAGGGCUACAGACUGCCUGCUCCAAUGGGCUGCCCCGCUGCUCUACACACACUCAUGCUGGACUGCUGGCAGAAGGAUCGCAACGAGAGGCCUCGCUUUUGCCAGAUAGUCACUGUUCUUGACAAGCUAAUCCGUAACCCAGAGAAUCUGAAGUCUAUGGACACGCUCUGCAGUUUAAACAGUCCUCCGCUGAUGGAGAGAGCGAUCCCAGACUUCAGCAGCUGUAACUCAGUAGAUGAGUGGCUGGACACCAUAAAGAUGAGCCGCUACAAGGACCACUUUGCUGCAGGGGGGUACCACACUCUGGGACACGUCAUAAGCAUGAACCAAGGGGACAUCCAGAGGCUCGGGGUGACGCUGAUGGGUCACCAGAAGAAGAUAAUGACCAGCGUCCAGCUGAUGAGAGCACAAGUCCUCAACAAGAGUGUGCCGUCAGUGCACGUAUAACUCUGGUGCUGGGGUUUCUUUCUGCGGAAAUCUGAGGAGCUUCUGUAAAGUCUAGAGAGACUCCAUGGGAAAACAAGUUGAUAUAUGGGACCUUUACAAGACUUGUUCUCAAGAGAGUGAAGAAGAAAAUGUGCAAGCUUUUAACUACGGAGCAAGUAAACAUGACUCCUUUGGGACAAGUCCAACUUUUCUUUUUUUUUUUUCCUUCCUGAUUACAUUGUCUCAGUUGAAAUGUUUUUAUUUUAUAAAUGGAAAGACUGCCUUAAAUACCACAAAUUAUUUAAAUGUUAUUGUCUACGAAGAGAAGAUAAUUUAUCAGUCAUGAGUUUAUCAGAGUAAUAUGAUUUACUAAACCGGGCAGAAGCAAGAGUACACGGAGUGAUGUCACGUGGUCGGGGUGGGGGUGGUUUCAGACGCUCUGAUGACACUCGCUGCGUCUCUUGCAGUAGCUGCAUGAGGAGGACGAGGCCCAGAGUGAGGCUGGUGCCAGGGAAACGUGGAGACGAGUGAGAUAGGGCUCACCUGAGUUGCCAGAUCGUCUCCACAGCGGAGAAAACCUAUUUCACCCCAGGCUAUUAAUACCAACAACAGGCACAUUUCUCCACCGUCCAACCUUGAUGAAUGACCCCGGGAGAGCCCCAGAGCCCUCUGCCCAGUUUGAAGCCGCGCGGCGCUGCAACUGCUGUACUUGGAAGAUGUGUGUGAUUCAGUUACAGUGCACUUUAUUCUACAAUCUCUCUGUGUUGUGGAGGCUUUGCAGUCGUGUCACAGGUCUCCUCACAGGGGCGGCAGAAUGUCACAACGUCGGUCCUUAAGCAGUUUUUAAAAAACAUUACAGAAAUCAUGAAUAAUUACAUAAUAUGAAACCCAAGAAACGAAACACUCAUUAGUGUUACAAGAAAUAAUGAGAUUUCUCACAAAUUUUUGUCAACGUGUCAGUAUACUAAAAAGAUAUAUUGAAAUAACAUGCAAUAUGUGCAUAUGUAUGCAUAAUAUUAAAGAACAGUGGUAUUUUUGUUAUACAUUGUGCUAAAUACUGUAUCUGAUGCAUUAAAAUACAGCAGGGAUUUCCUUGUUGUAGGAAAUUAAUUCAGAAUACAGUUUUAAAUUAGGUUUUAAUGUUAAUCAAGUGUGUUUUAAAUGCACUUUAAAUGCAUUUUUAUUCUUGGCCUUGAGAAAAGUAGUUUGACAUAUUACUUUUAGUUCUUCAGUUUAGCGGGGAAGAAUAUGAGAAAACACCGACCCCAAAGUCAAACUCAGUUCCACUGGCUUUCUAGUUCAGUUUUUAUUGGAAAACGCGUUUUAAAUAUAUUUAAAAUAUAUUCCUAAUACAUUUAAAUAUAUACGUUGUUCCUCAUAUCAAGUCAGGCAUUCGCUUUAUUUAAUUCAGAAAUACAGUUUCAUGCAGCUUAAAGACAUUUUUAAAAUGCUAAUGUAAGACUCUUUAUGUGAUUGAAAAAAAAAUCACAUAAAAAAAUGACUCACAGGAGGCUAAUUCGUUUAUUGACACCUAGGUGGUCAUGUUAGCUCUUAAUACGCUACCAAAUGUUUAAGCUAGGUGUACAACAGAAAAGUUAGCAAGUUAGCAAUCAGCUGCUAAAAAUACCUAAUUGAAAAAUCAGUCGCAUUCAUUUGUGAUAAAAUCUUUAUAUCCAUGAAAACUAGAGCAAAUUUCAUGUCUUCUAACAAAAAAACACCUGUUUUACAAUGACUGCGAACGUCUCCAAUAUGGCCGCCAUUUUCCCACCAGGUGUGACUACCACCAAACCCAACAGUCCAACUACUGGAAAACCUGGAAAAUGAAUUUAUUAUACGUAUCAUAUAUACUGACAAAUUUGGCAUAUGAAUUAUAUUAUACAUUUUAUAUUUACUUCAAUAAUCCCUUAAAUGUAAAUCCUUGAAAUCCAAUAAAUAUUAAUCAAGUCUUGGUAGCCUGUACAUCUUUUUAUAGCUUGCAAUUAAAAUUAGACAUCCAUUAGUGCUAAUCGUCCAAUAUUCCCAAACUGCCGUCUGAGCAUCUUCUGAAUAAUAUUUUGCUAGGAGGGUUGUGUUACACCUGAAAGCUCUCUUCUUAUUCUCCUGGCAUUUAUGAACUAAAUGGAACAGUUUAAUUUUGUUUAACUUUUGGGAUCAACGUCAGCACUAAUGCUAUUUCGUGCAAUAAAUCUGUACCCCCGAGUACAUAUCUGAACUUUUUUUUUUUUUUUUUUUUUUUUAAAGUUUGUUUGUGUGAGUGCUGGGGAUAUAGAAACACAUAAGCUACACAGACUGUAAAAUAAAGUGUUACUUCUGGUUAAAUGUAAUUACACUGUUUGCCUCAGUGUUUGCCGAAAAGGUGAAGAGCGUGUAUGUAGAAUGUUUAUAUCUGAACACUCUCAAAAAGUACAUAAUCAGUCCUAACUUAUACCCCGUGCCAUCAAGAGAAUGUCUUUUCUUGUGCAGCUCGGUAGGUUUUCCUCUAGAUAGUUGAUGUCAGUUUUUAUUAGAGAACAACCUCAUGAUCUUUCUUGUAUUAUAGUGACAUUUCACUACCGGUUUGAAACGAACCAUGUGUGUGUGUGUUUUUUUUCUUUAGGAUGCUUUUGGAGACACUGGACUUGAACUGAAAACCCAUAUUUUAUAAAGUUAGGAUAUGUUUUUGCUAGAUGAAUUGAUUUUUAAUGUAUACGGCGAGUUCAGUCACUGGAAGGAAGAAAAACAACUACUACAACUGGAUUUAUUCACAUUUCAUUAUUUAUUCAUGCUCAUUUGUUUUCCCAGAUAAUACAACUCUGAGAGAUUUUAUUACAGUUGAUGAAUCAUCCUUGUUGCUAAUGAUAAAUCAUAAAUGUGCAAACUGUCCAUAAAUACACAAUAAAGGAACGUUUGUCUGUGUGUGACUGCAA